AUGGUGAGCAUUGUUCGUGAUGCGAUUGAACAAAUACCAGUUUCUUUCGCAGCUAUCCAAGCUGCAACGAAGACUGACAAGGCGCUGCAAAUUGUGCUGCAGUACAUUCGUGAAGGCUGGCCAACAGAUACACGGUCAAUCACGGCUCCAGACGUUCGUACCUACUUCAGCAGACGAGAAUCCCUUACUCAUGUCAAUUGUUGUAUCCUGUUUCACGACAGAGUUGUCGUUCCGAGAAAGUUCCGCAGGCAAAUCCUUAAGCAGUUUCAUCGCGGACAUCCUGGCAUGGUUCGCAUGAAGUCCAUUGCACGAGGUUUUGUUUUCUGGCCAGGAAUCGAUAAUGACAUCGAAGAAUUCGUCCGGAACUGUACUCCAUGCUGCACUGCUGGGAAAGCACCUGUCAAAACAACUCUGGAAUCUUGGCCCAUUCCUGACAAGCCGUGGUCACGCAUUCAUGUGGACUAUGCUGGACCUGUGGAUGGCAUUUACUUUUUGGUGGUAGUUGAUCCAUACACCAAGUGGCCAGAAGUGUACGCGAAUAAAUCUACAACCAGCAGAGCUACAACGAAGAUGCUAUCGCAAGCGUUCGCAACGUUUGGUGUGCCAGAAACCAUCGUCUCGGAUAACGGUACCCAAUUCACUAGCCACGAGUUCCAAGUUUUCUGCGAAAAACAAGGUAUUCGUCACAUUCUCACUGCACCAUACCAUCCCCAGUCAAACGGAUUGGCGGAAAGGUUUGUGGAUACUUUGAAGCGUACCCUGCGAAAAAUUCGAUCGGGAGGAGAGACUUUAGAGGAAGCAUUACAAACAUUUCUACAAGUCUACCGAACAACACCAACAGUUGACUUUGGUAACAAGUCUCCAGCAGAAAUAAUGUUAGAACGACCAAUCCGGACUGUUUCAUCGAUGUUGCUACCACCUGAUCAAACCAUUUCAACAGCACAAGCGAAAGCAGCACAACAAAAUGAACAAUUCAACAAGAAACAGUUCGUUCCCGGUGACUUAGUGUAUGCUCAAGUCCAUCAAGGCAACUCUUGGCAUUGGGGAGCCGCCACAGUCAUUGAACGAAUCGGAAGAGUUAAUUACAACGUACUUCUGCAAGAUCGACAACGACUAAUACGUUCGCACAUUGAUCAAUUGAAACCACGUUCCGUGGAGGUGGUUUCAAAUGCAACUACAAGUUAUGAUCCAUUGUCCAUAUUCGUCGAUGGAUUUGGAUUAGACCGAUUAGACAUACCAGCUGUUCAAGCUGUGGAACCAAAUUUAGCACCUGAAGAGGAAACGGAAACUGAUGGGUCACAUUACUUCUCAGAUGACAGCAAUGAAGAAGAUGAUCCACCGCAGCCAGAUCCAGUUUCAAUUCCGGUUUUAACGCCUGUAAGACCCAAGCGAAACAUUCAGUUGCCAGCAAGGUUCCGGCCGUACUGGAUGGCUUAA